CCAGACGUCCGUGGCGUGUGCUGGUGUCGAACAGAUCAGUCAGGAAACUAACAGGAAAUAAGUUUCAACCCACAGAACCAACCAUGAGGCUUCACGAGAGCUGUCUGCUGAUGUUGUUUCUUCACGCGUCGGCCAUCUUUGCUGAAAGAAGACGUGUUGCUUUCAAGAACUGCCCCUCAUCAAAAACCGACGAUGAUCUGAUAACAAUCAAGGCUGUCAGAAGCAGGACCGAGUGCUCUGUGCUCUGUCUGAACGACCCAGGCUGUCUGUCAGCCUCCUACUGCAAGACACCUGGUGGCCUCACGUGUCAGCUGAGUGGGCGUUAUUCAGACGGAAACUGUUCCGGGUUCGUUUCGAAUGUGGACUGCACCGUGACUACACUGAUGAAUCCAUGUGAAAAUGGCGGAACGUUCUACCCCGGAAACAGGACCUGUCAGUGUGUCAAUGGCUUCGUGGGGGAUUACUGCCAACGACGUUAUCGAGAGCUACUCUUUGCCCCGUCAGGUAUUCAUGGAGAAUAA